GUCACAGGUUGUACAGCGUCCAUCAUGGCGGCGCCCUGCUGCAGACAUGCCGGGAGGUGGCUGAGAUCUCUUCGGUCGCCUAUUCGGAGCGCAGUGUGUGCAUUCAGUACAGCGGAAUCCGGGGCCGGUGCUGCCGGGGAUGAGAAGAAGCCAGCUGUGGCGGGAAGAAAGGCAGGAGAAGGGGAAAGCUUUGCCAGUUUACUCCGACAUUCCCCUCUUACUCAGCUGGGACCUGCCAAGGAUAAGGUGGUCGCAGGAACAAUCCUCCAAGUUGUGGACAAUGACCUGUACAUUGAUUUUGGGGGCAAAUUCCACUGUGUUUGCCCAAGACCUGAGCAAGAUGGAGAAAAAUACCAGAAAGGGACCAGAGUACGUCUGAGACUGAACAAUCUGGAGAUGACCUCAAGGUUCUUAGGAGCGUAUUCUGAUACAACCUUGCUGGAGGCAGAUGCUGCUCUUCUAGGAGUGCUGUAAUAUAGUUAUGUACAAUAAAUAUAUAUUCUGUAUAGUAUGGACAUCA